CGACAGUGUUGGUACCGGUAUCAGCACCGACCCGGAGACGGGGACGGGGACAGAGACCGAGAGCUGCAACCUAUCCACGGCCCCCGCGGGUAAGGCAACACCGUGGGUGGGGAAGCCCGCCCUCACACCGCCUUCCUAGGCUCCUCCUCCUCUCCUGGCCUGGGUCGCGCUUUCUUCUUGUACCCGGCGAGGCCCAGCGAUCACCGCCCUCUUGCAGGAGCGUGGAGCAACAUGAGUUUAGCAGAAAUUUAUGAUAACGUGAAAAAAGGGAGGGAAUAUGCCCUUUUAGGAAACUAUGAUUCUUCAAUGGUUUACUACCAAGGGGUAAUCCAGCAGAUUCAGAAACACAGUCAGUCAAUCAGAGAUCCAGCAUUAAAGGUGAAAUGGCAGCAGGUGCGUCAAGACUUAGUCGAAGAAUAUGAGCAGGUCAAAAGUAUUGUUAACACUUUGGAAAGCUUUAGAGUAGAGAAACCUCCAACUGAUUUCUCUGUACCUCAGCAAGAUGAAUCUUCCAGAGAUCCCAGUGUUUGGCCACCACCUAUUCCUGUUGAACACCGAGCUCCUUUGAUGAAGCGGCAGAAUCGUGAGGUUAAAUCUGCACGAAAAGAGUCACCUGUUGUCCAGGCAAGAGGUCUUGUGGGUCGAGGUCAGCAGGCUGGUAGAGCUGAAAAAUCUAGCAGCAAGCAUAGCAGUGAUUCCAAAACAAGAGGGAAAGAGGACAAGAGCAGAAGGAACCUGCAGGAAGCAUCAGGAGAUGGAGAUGGGAAAAGAUUUGAUGGAACUGGUUAUGAUAAGGACUUGGUUGAUGUUCUGGAGAGAGAUAUUAUUUCCAGGAAUCCCAAUGUCCAUUGGGAUGAUAUAGCUGAUUUAGAAGAUGCCAAGAGACUUUUGAGAGAAGCUGUUGUGCUACCAAUGUGGAUGCCUGACUUCUUCAAAGGAAUAAGGCGACCCUGGAAGGGUGUCUUAAUGGUUGGACCACCAGGCACUGGCAAAACCAUGUUAGCUAAGGCUGUGGCUACAGAGUGUGGAACAACUUUCUUUAAUGUGUCCUCUUCCACAUUAACUUCAAAGUACAGGGGAGAGUCCGAAAAAUUGGUUCGUUUGUUAUUUGAAAUGGCCAGAUUUUAUGCUCCAACAACUAUAUUUAUAGAUGAAAUUGAUUCAAUCUGUAGUCGCAGGGGUACAUCUGAUGAGCAUGAAGCCAGCCGUAGAGUCAAGUCAGAGCUACUCAUUCAGAUGGAUGGUGUAGGGGGUGCUUCAGAUAAUGAUGAUCCCUCCAAAAUGGUAAUGGUAUUGGCUGCCACAAAUUUCCCAUGGGAUAUAGAUGAAGCUUUGAGGAGGAGAUUAGAAAAAAGAGUAUACAUUUCAUUGCCCACAGCACGUGGGAGGGCAGAACUACUGAAAAUAAAUCUCCGUGGAGUAGAUGUUGCGCUCGGUGUUGAUGUUACAGUUAUUGCUGAGAAGAUGGAAGGUUAUUCUGGCGCAGACAUCACAAAUGUUUGCAGAGAUGCUUCCAUGAUGGCAAUGCGACGUCGCAUUCAAGGCCUGUCUCCAGAAGAAAUCAAAGCUUUGUCCAAAGAAGAGUUGCAAAUGCCUGUAACCAUGGAUGAUUUUGAAUUGUCUCUUAAGAAAAUCUCCAAAUCAGUUUCUGCGUCAGAUCUUGAAAAGUAUGCAACAUGGAUGGCUGAGUUUGGUUCAGUGUAACUAAUUUAUGUAGUAUACUUCAUAAAAUGAAAGGUUUUGAGUAAUGCAUACUGUGUAAACUCAUAGGAUAUGAAGAUUAUUUUUGCACAUUUGGUUCUUAAAGACAAGACAUGAUCAGUUUGAGCCUUGAGAAUCAACUUUACAGCAAUCUUGACUCUUGCAAAGCACUUUAAUACACUACUAACUAAUCUGACACAUUUGGGAAAGAUGAAGUCAUUUCAAAUUAUUUGAUGUAUUAGCCUGUUGGUAAGAAAAUAGGAUUCCCCCACCCGGUACGUAUUGUUGGUCAGAUUAUUAUUUAGAAUUUUAAAGAUAAAACGCUACAUUGAAUACAUCUCAUUCUCUCUCUUUCCUAUAUUUAUUGUCAGAAGCAUUCCUUUAUUAGAUAGUUGAAAUGUAUAAAGUUAAGUAAUA